AUGUCGCGCCCGAAACAACACAUCAUUUUCCUCACGGGACCGACGGGAACCGGCAAGACGACGAUAGCAAAGUACCUCACCGAACAACUCCACAUGACCUUCAUCGAAGGUGACGAUUAUCACCCAAAGGAAAACGUGGAAAAGAUGCACAGAGGUGAGCCUCUUACCGACGAGGACCGCUGGGGCUGGCUCGACGCCCUCCGCGAUGAGGCCCUCAAGGAGCUGGAGUGCGACCUGCACGGCGUUGUCGUCACUUGUUCGGCCCUGAAGCGGACUUACCGGGACAUGCUCCGGGGAGCCUCGCAUCCGGAGAAGGACAUUUUCGUCAACUUCGUCACCCUGCAUGCGCCGGAGGACGUUCUCUUCGAGCGGGUCAAGAAUCGACAUGGACAUUUCGCCGGCGCGAAUCUGGUACAUAGCCAGUUCCAGAGUCUUGAUCCGCCGCAUGAGGACGAGCCGGAUGUUGUGGGGGUGGAUGUGCAGCCGCCUGUGGAUGAGGUGAAGAAGGAUGCCUUGGCCAAGAUGCUUCGUGUUGGAAUCGCCGGUGGCUCCAACGGAAUCGGCAAAGCCAUCAGCGAUGCGAUCAAGUCCCGCCAAGAAUGGGAAGUUGUCAUUCUUGGCCGCAAGGCCAGUGGAUCAAUGCAAGAGGACGGAAUUCUCGAGACUCACCAGAUACACACCGUCAUCUGCGCCAUAUCCUUCCAGCACGAAAGCGCGAUCCAGAACCAGCUGAAUCUCAUCGAAGCAGCUGUUCAGUCGUCAUGCACGAAGAAAUUCAUGCCCAGCGAGUUCGGCAUCAUAUACAAGCCCGAACAUAUCCGAGGUCUGCCUCUGUACGCCGGAAAGUUCGAGGCUGUUCAGCGCCUGGAGACGAGCAAUCUGGAGUACACCAGGUUCUCAAACGGGCUCUUUAUGGAUUACUUUUUCGACCCGUAUAUCCCGUCGGCGUUUCCCAUCAACAUACCUUUGUGGGUUGACUUAGCGGAAAAUUUUGCAUCCAUUCCAGGAGACGGCACGCAGUCUCUUGUUAUGACACACUCUCGCGACGUCGGGCAAUUUGUUGCCGCCCUGAUAGAGCUCGAUAAGUGGCAGGAAACCAGGUACUGCUUGACAGGCGACCGGCUCACCGUCAACGAGUUUGUGCAAAUCGCUGAGUCGGUAAAGGGCGUCAAGUUUGAAAAGCAUUACGACAGUCUGGAGGAGCUUGAUAACGGCCAAACCACACUUCUUCCAUCCGUACGCGCGACGUUGCCGACAGGUGCGGAGGCCGCUGUGGUACAGCGUCUCAUAGCCGAUGCUGGCGCGAGAGUCGUUCGGGGCGAGAUGGAUCUUCCUCAGAAUGGCUCCUUGAACGAGAUGUUCCCAGAACUUCAAACCCUCAAAGUCCAGGAUGCUGUGAAAAUUUGGUUCGCCGGUCAAGAGGGAAAGCCGACGUAG